AUGGCUGAAUCGUCACCGCUAAAAGCUACUCCUAAACGUAAGCGCGACGAUAUGCUCAACGAGCAACGCGUUUUCAACUCUUCUCCAAAUACUUAUAGUCUGCCUAAGACCACCUUCUCUUUCCAACCUCCGACCCUGAAACCAGUGGAGAAUUCUCGAAACGAUGCCCCUGAAGACGGUAACAGUAGUCCUCGAAGUAAGGUUGCUCAACAGUUCCAAGAACUGGCCCUUGGAAGUGGGGGCGGGGUAAUUGAUAGCGACAGGGUCGAUGGCACUGAUUUUAUGGGAACGAGAACGGGAACGGGAUCAGACGAGGCUAGUCCCCAAUUUGCAAUUGAUAGCCCGAGAUUUUCGCCAGAGCUCACCGUCUUCGAUUUUGAUGGAGGUAUUAGAAGUAGCACGUCCGCCGAAGACAUGCAGCUUGACGAUGACGAUACUGUAUCGCGUAAGCGUGUCAAGUUGCCUGACAUCACUGAACUCCAAAAUUCUCCUGAGGUAGGGUUGGGGGGAGAAGUAGACGUGACGAAUCCCGACUUUCUUCAGCCUAUUGAGUCCCCUCGAUUCACUUUACAAACAGCCGUGGAUCCUGCUAUUUUGAGGACAGCAAAGAUAGAAGGUUCAGGCCGUUUGCAGAAGUCUUAUCCAUCCAUCAACCGAUUAUCGGAAUCUAAGUCGCGUAUUCGAAAACGAUCGGGCACUCCUCCUUUAGCAAAGCGUAAGACGGCAGAAGCCUUAACUGAGGAGGAUCCUAUCAUCAUUGAUCCCGUUCGUGCCGCGCUUACGUGGCAUGAGGACGAAAUUACUAUAUAUGAUCCCGAGGAUAAAGACGAUGAUGGUACUGGUAUCAACGGUAUCGGUUUCAGACCAACUCCUGCUUUGGCAUACGCGCGGGCGCAGAAACGAAGACAGCAGCUAGCCGACUAUAGAAAACGCGAGGAGAGCGAAGCUAGAGCGAAGAGAAGUCAACGUCGUCGACAACGGAUUGGCAAUGUCGCGGAAUUGGAGAGGAAACAUUCCAUGGCACGAGUGCGUUUCUCGGAUGCAGAGCCGACUACUGUGGUCACGACUUGA